GGACAAAAAAUUUCCCAAAAUUAUUACAACCCCCAACAAAGCAUCGAUUGCGUAGGCUUCCAACGUCGUUCAUACUCUUUCCCUUGUCAUCAACAGUGUCUGGUAGACUUCAUCUUCGACUCAAAUCUCUCUCCUCCAAUAAUCCAUGAGUAUGUAACAGCCGUUUAAUCAAAUCACUCAAUCUCCAGUUUAAUUUUCUUGCUAUAUUUUCCUCCAAAUAACAUUACUAUUGCUGAAAAUUAAGAAGGAUAAGAAAAUGUGUUGAUAUCAUAUCAAUGAUAAAGAUUGAAAAUUGCUUCUUGCAUUCCUUUACUGAGUCGGGACUUCUGAUUGAUUUUUGAUCGAGUUGAUGUUGAGCUUUACUAGUCUCUAUGAUACUGGGAUUUGGAACAAGAUUCCAUCAAUGUCCAAGGAAUGUGAUAUCUUCGUCCACAAGGACUUCGAAUUCUAGGUUUUCAAUAAAAAGUGUUAUUGCUUCACUUCAGAAAAUGGGGUUUUCUCAUGGCGAUGUGUAUUAUGUUGGGCUUUCUUUCAUUCAAGUUAAAGAGCACAAUGUGACUGAUGGUUGCAAGAAAAUGGACUGGUCAUUAAGGAGCAGUGCAGAUGGUGCAGGAUUUGACCGUCCAACUGGCAGUGGUGACGGAAGAACUCGAUUGCUGAAAGCAAUACGAACUUUCCAGCUCGGGUUAACUGCUAGGUUUCGAGCUUUACGGAAGGAUCUUCCUAAAAAGUUUCUUUUUUUCUUGGUUGGAUUUUAUUGUGCUACUGCUUUUGCUACGGUGAUUGGCCAAACAGGCGACUGGGACAUUCUGUCUGCUGGUGUGGCUGUGGCUGUGGUGGAAGCUAUUGGGGCUCUUAUGUACAAAUCUUCAGUACCUCUGCUUGAUAGGAGCAAAAACAUCAUUAUUUUGUUCAAUUACUGGAAAGCUGGACUUGUGUUGGGUCUUUUCCUGGAUUCAUUUAAGUAUUAAUUUAUUAAGUUACAGUUUUUGGAAGGAAGCUUGCAUGAUAAUAACACUGAGGCAGUUUAAGCAUACCUGGCAUGAUGUACAUUAGAUUGACCAAACGGUAAAGCCUCUUCAAACUUCUAUUGACUGAUGAUGUUGCAAUAAAUAACUAGGAUAUGAUGUUAAAACUUCAGUAACUAGAGGUACUAUUGCAAGAUAUACUAUAACGUGAUCUCAUCCGUGAUUAGAUUUUGGUGUGUAGUUUGCCAUGUACUGAACUGCAUUUGUACAUGUGUUUUGUUGAUCGAGUUACUUGUUCUAAAGACGAUAAGAGUAGUUACAUUAAGUUGUUUGAUAUGGUGCUUACACUUGGCAUAUUGCCGGACAUGGAUACGUGUCCAACUGUCAAAGUGUUGGAUUCUUAUCUUAUUUUGGGUCUUAAAUGAAGUGUUAAGCUUCCAUACGUAGCUGUGGACAAUCUGACAUUGGUACUUCUAGUUAAAAUAUUUGUCCUAGUAAGUAGUAACUAACUUUUAACAUAAUUUACAUGAUAGAUCAGUGAAGGUUUCCUUGUGGUCUGAUGGCUCGAUUCACUGUUUUUAAUGGCUUUGUUUUGGGCAGAUUCAUUUGAGGAAAGAGCAAUGCUUAAAGCAGGAUAUAGAGUUUACAAAACAAUUGUACAGAACGUCUUUGUUCGUGAAAACGUUUUAGUUACGGAAGGUGCUCAACUUAGGAGACGUAUAUGAUAUGCAUGCAAAUCUUGUGGACAACUCAUGUACUGAAGUUCUGAAUGUUAGUUAUGCUUUCAUGUCUGUAGACAAAGCCAACCCUACGGGUAGGCAAGGGGUGCCCAUGUCUAGGGCCUACACCAAUAAGGGGCCCAUAAAUAAAAUAAUCAGAUUUCAUGCCUAGGCCUUCACUCUCUACCCCACUGAUUUCAAUUUCUGAAGACCUAGACCUCACCCCAACUGUACCAAUUUCCCAAAAAAUAACCAUAUCAAGAAUAACGCUUAAUCUUCCUCUUUCCAAAAAAAAAAAAAACCUUCCUUUUACAGAAAAUAGAUUUAUUUCCAUUUUGAUAAAAUAGUGGAUUGUGGACUUUGAUAAAAUAGUGGUUCUGGAAUUAGGACAUUUGAAAAUACUUCACAUAUGAGAUAAGAUCCCAAUUUGAUAAAAUAUUGGGUUGUGGACUUGCAUAUAUAUUGGGUGAGCUAAUCUUUCUACUACCAUAUGGUUUUGAGAAAUUAUAGACCUCAUCAAGUGUAUGUGCAAGUCAAAGCUCUUGAUCCAUGGGUUUGUGGGCUCGAGCCCAUGGGUGUUCCGUGUCCACACGAGUGCACCACAGUGGGAUUAUAUAAUACAUUGUCAUGGCCUUAUAUGAAGAUAAUAAGAAUGCGGAAAAUAAUGUGUUUUGCUAGUGAAUGCUGAUUUUGUAUUAAGUUUAACUAAGUAUUACACCAUGUAUAUAUACUGAAAUGAAAGCUGAAUAUGGCAAACUAUUAUUUACAGAAUAAUAACAUUCCCUAAAUAUUAGGAAAUAUUCUUAUUUCCUACAUUCCCCCCAAAUUAGGUCGUAUGGUUCACCGAGACCUAACUUGCAUAUUGCAUUAUCAAAUGCUUCAGAUGCUAUGGCCUUUGUGAGGAUAUUUACCAACUGAUCGUUUGAGCGAACAAAAGGAAGGCUAAUAAAUUUCUUCUCGAGUUUUUCCUUUAUGAAAUGACGAUCAAUCUCAACAUGUUUGGUUCGAUCAUGCUUAUCUGGAUUCUCAGGUUUGCUGAAUGCUGCUUUGUUAUCACAAUAAAGGUUGGAUGCCCCCUUUAGUGGGGAAGUAGUUCCCUUAUUACCCUUGGCAGUUCCUCGAAAUUCAGAUUUAGCAUUUGAGAGAACUACAACUUUUUUCUUCUUGCUUUUUCAAGUGACAAGAAUAC